AUGACAUCAUCUAUUUGUCACACGUUAAUGCCACUUCUUCUUUUUGUUUUUCUACAUGAACAUACCCUUGCAAUAAAACAGCCCUAUAUUGUAUACUUAGGAUCACAUUCUUUCGGUUCAAAUCCUUCUUCAUUUGAUUCUGAAUUUGCCACAAAUUCUCACUAUGAUUUACUUGGAUCUUACGUUGGAAGCAUUAAGAAGGCGAAAGAAGCAAUAUUUUACUCUUACACAAGAUAUAUUAAUGGCUUUGCUGCAAUACUUGAUGAAGAUGAAGCAGCUAAAGUUGCAAAGAAUCCAAAUGUUGUAUCAAUAUUUUUAAAUAAAAGAUAUGAACUACACACGACCCGAUCAUGGAAUUUCCUUGGGUUAGAGACGGACGGUGGAUUUACUAAUGAUUCAGUGUGGAAAAAAUCAUUGGGUGAAGACAUUAUUAUUGGAAAUUUGGACUAUGGUGUUUGGCCAGAAUCCAAGAGUUUUAGUGAUGAAGGGUAUGGGCCAAUUCCAAAAAAGUGGAAAGGAAUUUGUGAUGUUACCAAAGGAAAUCCAGAUAAAUUUUAUUGCAACAGGAAACUUAUUGGAGCAAAAUAUUUUCACAAAGGCUAUCAGGCACGUCUCGGUGCAGCGGCAAAUGUAACCUUUAAUAGUGCGCGCGACACUGAAGGUCAUGGCACACAUACUUUAUCAACUGCAGGAGGUAAUUUUGUUGCUGGAGCAAAUGUAUUUGGCUUUGGAAAUGGAACAGCGAGUGGUGGAUCGCCAAAAGCGCGAGUUGCAGCCUAUAAGGUCUGUUGGAAUGGAUGUUUUGAUGCUGAUAUUUUGGCUGGUUUUGAAGCUGCCAUAAGUGAUGGUGUUGAUGUGCUUUCGGUGUCCUUGGGAGGAAAUUAUCCAAAAGAGUUUUUUGAAAGUGGUAUUUCCAUAGGUUCCUUCCAUGCAAUUACCAACAACAUCAUUGUUGUUGCUUCUGGAGGAAAUGAAGGACCUAAUUUCGGGUCUGUAACCAACGUCGAACCAUGGAUUCUCACAGUUGCUGGAAGCACCACUGAUAGAGAAUUCACAAAUUCUGUUAUUCUUGGUGACAAGAAAAUAUACAAAGGAGCUAGCCUUUCGCCGUCUGAAUUACCACCUAACAAAUUAUAUCCAUUGAUAAGUGGUGAAGAUGCAAAACUUGGUGUGAAUAAUGACAUAGCAGCUCAACUUUGUGAAAAUAGAAGUCUGGAUCCGAAAAAGACGAAUGGAAAAAUAUUGGUAUGUCGCCGAAGUGAAAAAGAUAGAGUUAACAUGAAUGGAGUAGCUUCUAGUGUAGGUGCUAUCGGAGUCAUUUUGGUUAACAAUGCUGGUUUCUCAACCAAUGAUCUUUUAGUUGAUGCUCAAGUGAUUCCAUCUUCAAAUGUUAACUUAGAAGACGGCUCUAACAUUCUUAAUUACAUCAAUCAGACAAAGUUUCCUAUGGCUUACAUAACUAAAGCUAAAACACAGUUAGGUAUAAAGUCAGCUCCAUAUGUAGCUACUUUUUCAUCAAGAGGCCCAAACAACCUUGACCCUUCAAUCCUUAAGCCUGAUAUAAUUGCACCAGCCGUCAAUAUAAUUGCAGCUUAUACCGGCGGUGUAUUUCUAACUAUGUCAGGCACUUCAAUGUCAUGCCCUCAUGUUGCCGGACUAGUUGGACUCGUUAAAUCUGUCCAUCCUGAUUGGAGUCCGGCGGCUAUCAAGUCAGCAAUCAUGACCACAGCAACAACUAAAAACAACAUUGGAGGGCCUAUACUGGAUUCAUCGCUCGACAACGCAACUUCUUUUGCUUAUGGUUCAGGGCUCAUUCAACCUAAUCAUGCAGUGGAUCCUGGACUUAUAUAUGACCUGAAUAUUACUGAUUAUUUGAACUAUUUAUGUGGCCAUGGAUACAAUAGUUCCCAACUUAAAGUGCUCUAUGGAAAACCUUACACUUGUCCAAAAUCUCUCAGUUUAACAGAUUUCAAUUAUCCAUCCAUCACAGUUUCUGACUUUAAAGUCGGACAGUCUUUGACUGUUACUCGUACGGUAACCAAUGUUGGGUUCCCAAGCAAGUAUACAGUGACGAUCGAGGCACCCCCGGAAUUUCUAGUCGCAGUCGAGCCUAAUAUAUUAAACUUUAAGGAUAAGGGUGAAAAAAAAGAGUUCAAGGUUACAUUCACCUUAAAGCCACAAAGUAAGUAUACCACUGAUUAUGUAUUUGGGAAGUUGAUUUGGACCGACGGAAAACAUAGUGUUGGGACUCCUAUUACAAUAAAGUAUCCACAUUAG